AUGGUCGUCUUCAGGAUGAGUCCAGUCUUCAUCUUGACUGUGCGGGACGGUGGCGUCCGUCCAACAGAUAAGAGGUUUUCCUGUACUGAGUGUGGGAAGUGUUUCCGUUUUAAAUCCCAUCUUAAUGUGCAUAAAAAAACUCACAAGGGUGAGAAGCCACUUUCCUGCGCUAAGUGCGGGAAAUGGUUUUCAAACAAGUAUACACUUUCGAAACAUCAUAAAUCUCACACAGGUGAGAAGCCAUAUUGCUGCACUGAGUGUGGGAAAUGUUUUUCAAAGAAAUGCAAUUUUGACAGCCAUCAGAUAUCACACACGGGAGAGAAGCCGUAUUCCUGUUCUGAGUGCGGGAAAUGCUUCGGACGUCAAUCAACUCUUGUCACACAUCAAAGGUCUCACACAGAUGAGAAGCUGUAUUCCUGUCCUGAGUGCGGGAAAUGUUUCUUAUAUAGAUCACAUCUUGUCAGACAUCAACGUACUCACACGGGGGAGAAGCCUUUUUGCUGUUCAGAGUGUGGGAAAUGUUUUAUAGAGAAGUACACUCUUACUUAUCAUCAGAGACAGCACACAGGCGAGAAGCUAUAUUCCUGUUCUGAGUGCGGGAAAUGUUUUCAAACAAAAACCAAGCUUGUCACACAUCAAAAUUCUCACACAGGGGAGAAGCCAUUUAUCUGCCCUGAGUGCGGGAAAUGCUUCGGACGUCAAUCAACUCUUUUCACACAUCAAAGGUCUCAUGCAGAUGAGAAGCCGUAUUCCUGUGCUGAGUGCGGGAAAUGUUUUUUAUAUAAAUCACGGUUUGCCAUACAUCAACGUUCUCACACAGGGGAGAAGCCUUUUUGCUGUUCAGAGUGCGGGAAAUGUUUUUUAGAGAAGUCCACUCUUAUUUAUCAUCAGAGACUGCACACGGGUGAGAAGCUUUAUUCAUGUUCUGUGUGCGGGAAAUGUUUUGUAAAAAAAUCAAUACUUGUCAUGCAUCAGAGAUCGCACACGGGGGAGAAGCCGUAUUCCUGCCCUGUGUGCGGGAAAUGCUUUUCACAGAAGUCCAAGUUUGAUAAACAAACAUGA